AUGGAAGGCGAGGCCAAGGAGCUGCCCCUAAAUAUUGGAAAGGUGGCUGUCAGGUGGAGUUACGAAAAACCUCCUCCUGGGCUUAUCAAGGAAGACGAGACCAAGCCAGAAGACUGCAUACCAGAUGUACCAGGCAAUGAGCACGCCAGGGAGUUUCUGGCCCAUGCACCAACCAAAGGGCUCUGGAUGCCGCUGGGGAAAGAAGUCAAAGUUAUGCAGUGUUGGCGUUGUAAACGGUACGGUCACCGAACGGGUGAUAAAGAAUGCCCUUUCUUUAUCAAAGGCAACCAAAAGUUAGAACAGUUCAGAGUAGCACAUGAAGAUCCCAUGUAUGACAUCAUACAAAAGAAUAAAAGACAUGAAAAAGAUGUGAGGAUACAACAGUUGAAGCAGUUACUGGAGGAUUCUACCUCAGAUGAAGGUGAGAGCAGCUCCAGUUCCUCAGACUGUAAAGAGAAACACAGGAAGAAGAAGAAGAAGAAAGAAAAGCGUAAGAAAAGGAAGAAAGAAAAGAAGAAGAAAAAACAAACGUGUAAGUCUUCCAAGUCAAACGAGAGCUCAGACACAGACUGACAAGAACUUGACCUGUUCAGCAUUCUCAUUUCAAAAAUCAGAUACUGUGGACAAAGAGCAGAGGAAUGUGGGUUGGGAGAGAAAUCAAGAUGGACACUGAGAAGAUGUGACCCAGAGGGAUUCGUGUCUCCCAGCCCUUUUCAUUGUCCCCCUGCUGCUCCCUGAGGAGCUUUGGGAUUCCUUUGAUGGCCUCUGCCAGGUGCCUGGACUGAGGCAACUCCGAGAGGUCUCAUUUAGGUGCUGCUUGCACCCUCCAGAGGGGCUACUUCAUUCACAGAUUUCAGGCUUUUCUGUAUCGUUGAGAAUAAUAA